AUGGCGGACGAAGAAGAGCAUCUUUGGCAAAUCUCUUCCUUUGUAUUCAAUUUUAUCUUUAAAGGACUGGUAGCUGUAGCUGUGCUAUUUACUGCAACAAUUUUGACCAAAUUUUUCAGUUACGAAAGGGAUAGCCAUAUAUCAAACUUAGUUGAUACAAAUUUUUGUCGAUCUUCGGAAUGCCUCCGAUGCUCUCACAAGUUAACAAAAUCGCCGUCGGAAACAGCUGAACUAUUGUUGACAAAACUGGACGAGUUUGCACGGGUAAAAUCGGACAAGGGUGAACUUGAUCGCCUGUACAAAGCAAUCGAAUACAACAGGACACAAAAGAAGAGGAAUAAUUUCUCAUCUGCACAAAAACCCACAGUGUUUUAUCUAUACGGAUUGUCUGGCAGACCUUGGCAUGACUUCCUCUCAGAUCAACUAACAACUUUGGUCUGCUCCGAGAACUUUGAAAUGAUACGGUCAGAAUUCAACCAAAUCCGAUUUAACGCAAGUGAUGAGGGAUGGGUAAAGAAUUCAACACCCGAAGGGGACUGGUUAGUAUAUCACUUGAUAAAUCAAGGGGAAAGAGUUGUUAACAACUGCAGGAAGUGCCCGCUAAGCGUAGAGAUCAUCGAAUCCGUAGAAUUGAUUAUAGAAGGUUGCUCAUUUGGUAAUGCAUUGUUUUCAGUUGUUCGAGCUGGAACACACAUAACUGCUCACUACGGCCCUACAAAUUGCAGGAUAAGGUGUCAUUUGCCUCUCUAUGUUCCGAACAAUUGUCGCUUGUGUGUGAACGGCCAAGAAAGAAUGUGGAAUGAAAGAGAACUUUUGCUGUUUGACGAUUCUUUUCUUCAUGAAGCGUGGCACAAAGGCGUGGACAGUGAAAGAGUUGUUCUCAUGGUAGACCUAUGGCAUCCAGAGAUCACAGCAGUGGAAAAGGAAGCACUUGCAUUCAUGUUCCCACCGCGUUCACACGUUGCAGACAUACCAUAACUUUUCCACGUCACAAUUGUUGGUUUCAUUUAAAAUGAAAUACCGAAAGGGCCAUUAAAAAAUUAAGUUUCCAUGUUUAAAUUAGGAGCAUCAAUUAAUCUGCAACUCUAUUUUGGAGUGGUACACUACUGGUUUUCUUUAGUCUUUUAAAUGAAGUUUUAACCAGAGGUAUUUCCUUUCAAAAGGUCCGACUUUCUCAGUCCCUUUGAGCUGAUAUUGAGAAUACACCUCAGAAAAAAAAUUGAUGACUGAAAUUGUCUCAACCAGAAUUUUAUUUCUUUGGUAUGUAGUGUUUUCCAUAGUGUUCCAAGGGGAAAAAAAGACACAAUAUAGUAAAACUUGACAAUAUGUUUUUUCAAUUAGGUAUUAUGUUUGUUACCUAUUUCCACUAUAAUUAUUAUUUCCUACUUCAAAUAAAUUACUCAAUCUUUCCCAGGUGCUAUAUGCAUGACUGAUUCAUUUUAAGAAAAUACCAAAAAAGUAAGGCUCAAAUCUGUAGUCAUGAUUAGUAGACAAACAUCCUUUUUCAUUCUUACCAGUCACAAAGGGAAUACUAUAUGUUGUGGUUCUAAUGCCUUAUUGAUUUAAAAAUU